AUGCAUACCUUCUUCCUCUGUGAGUUUGCUAGGAAAGUUUGGGAUAAUGUCCCCCUAAAAGAUACAGUUCACAUAGCUGUAGGAGAGACUUUCAAAGCAGCCAUAACUCGAUUCCGCAAGGCUACAUGUCUUCCACCGACAGGAGUUACGACAAACAUCAUGCCUUGGGUAUGCUGGUCAAUUUGGAAGGAUCGCAAUUCACUGAUUUUUGAAGAAAAAUGUCUAGGGCCUAGCAAGGUUGCAGCAAAAGCUUUAGGCUUAGCCCGAGAAUGGAAGAACGCUCAACAAGCACAUCAGACAAGGGAACAUGGGUUACCUCAAAUGAGACAGAACCAGAGCACUCCCGUACAGAAUCUAAUUGAGUGCAGAACCGAUGCAGCAUGGAACAAGGAACAGCGAAGAGCGGGGCUGGCUUGGGUAUUCAAAGGGGUCACGCUCCCAUCACCAGAUCGAGGAUCUACCACACAAGACUUCGUCAACUCACCACUGAUCGCGGAAGCUUUAGCGGUGAGAUCGGGUCUUUGCAUGGCGGCAACACUGGAGCUCCCAAAGCUCAAAGUUUGCUCCGACAAUUCAACGCUCAUAGCAGCAAUCAACAACAAACAUCAGAUGAAAGAGAUUGUGGGUAUCGUCAGAGAUAUUCAAGAAAUCUCUUCUGAUUUUGUUUCUAUCUCCUUUUUUCAUAUUCCCCGUAAGAACAACGAAGAGGCAGAUCUAUUGGCUAAACAGGCCCUUAGAAAUGUUUCUGUGUAA